AUUUGUAUUUUCAGCUUUUACUUGACAGUCGUCAUCGCUCCAAAGAAAUCAACGCUCCUGCGCCACCGACGAGAUAUCCGUUUCGAGCCAUAUUUGGAAAUGCUGGGAAAAUAUGGCUUGAAGUGGACUUCUAGACUCAGGUUGAACUUAUCUUGAGCUUGAGCUCGAGAUUUUGGUCAACGUUGGUGACAAACUCUUCUCUAACUUGGGCAUCGGAUUAACUCGGCCACAUUGUCCAGUCCAGUCAGAUUGAAUCAAUUGAAAGAAAGAACCGAAUCAUAUACUCACGAUCUUUCACCCUUAUAAUAACAGAAUCGACCACUCCAAACAAACCUUGAAUCGUUUAGCUUUAUAAUAUCGUGACAGAAUGACCGACAACCAAACUUAUGUCCAUGGUCAUCACGAAUCCGCUCUCCGCGCUCACUCUUGGCGCACCGUAGCUAACUCUGCUGCGUACCUCCAAGGUUCCCUCAAACCAGACAUGAAAAUCCUUGACAUUGGAUGUGGACCUGGUACUAUCACUGCUGACCUAGCGAGGUUGGUCCCACAAGGUCAUGUCACCGGCAUCGAACCUGUUCCCGAUAUCCUCAACAAAGCACGAGAAACAGCUGCUGAGUUUGGUGUAAGCAACGUCGAUUUCGCAGUGGGCGAUAUCCAUGCACUCGACUACCCAGAUGACACAUUUGACGUCGUACACGCCCACCAAGUCCUCCAGCACAUUCCUCAUCCUGUCAAAGCCUUGCGCGAGAUGCGCCGUGUUACGAAGCCAGGUGGCCUCGUAGCUGCCCGCGAAACUGACUUCAAGGCAAUGACGUGGUACCCGGAAGUCGAAGGGAUGGGAGAUUUCUUUACGCUGUAUGAGAAGGUUGCGCGUUCGUUGGGUGGCGAGCCUAAUGCUGGUCGUAGAGUUCUUUCCUGGGCAUUGGAAGCUGGCUAUGAUCGGAGUAGUAUCACAUGUACCGCUGGUACUUGGUGCUACGCCACCCCGAAGGAACGCGCAUGGUGGGGUGGCCUUUGGGCCGAACGUGUCGUAAGCUCUUCGUUUGCCAAGCACGCCGUCAAUGGCGGUUUCGCUACCGAAGCAGACCUCGAGAAGUAUUCGAAAGUUUGGCAAGAGUGGAGUGGCAAGGAAGAUGGAUGGUUCGCUCUCCUGCAUGGGGAACUCCUUUGCCAAGUCUAAGCGUUUAGUAUCGCUUGAUGCACAGAGCCAUUCGAUCAAAAAAUUUCGGAUCAUGAUACAUAACCGCAACUUCAACAGUUGCUUUACUUGCAGAACGUUACGUGUAUUUGGGGAACCUGGAUGUAUUUAAAUUGUAUACAACAACAGCAUGAGUAGAUUGGACUGAGUUGUUAGAUAAA